AUGCCUCUCAUCGUAGAGCCUGAAGGUGAAGCCAAACAAGAUUCGCCCGAAUCUUUGCAGCGUACUGCUCGCAUACGUAUCAAGAACCGCCGCAAGAUGUACCUGGACCAGCAUCCCUCCUAUUUCACCUCUCCCGACCUCGAGCUUGCAGAUCCCUUACUGUAUGACCGUUGCGUCAGAAGAUUUCAGUCAGCAGCAGAACGGGAAGCGGAUGGCCGGUCUAAAGGUUACUCGGGCGUAUUGGAAGCAGAUCUUUAUCGAUCAGAAGCCAAACUGGCAGCGUUGAAAGGCGAAAAUCUAGAUGGCGAGCCAGCGCAGUCAUCUUCCGAAGCCUCGAUACCUUUUGUUAGUUACCCUAGAGGUCAAGAUGGUGAAGUCUUGCCAGAGGACCCUGAUGAAGUUCCGAAAAGCAAAGAGGAAGGGUUUGAGAGGUGGAAGUAUGGAAUGACUAUCAGGUUUUUGAAUGGGGAAGAUCCGGACUUUGAUUACAAAAAGGUAGAUGAGAGUGAUGAAUGGGAUAUCAUCGAAAGCCAAGAGGAGGAGGAGAAAUGGUUUGAUGAUGAGGAGCCAGAAUGGGUUGGUGAAGAAAAUCCGGAUGUGGAGGUUAUUGGUGGUGAGACUGGCAUUCAAGACUUUUGA